AUGUCAUCCAACCCUCAACUUGCAAGGCCAAAUGGUGCCCCCACCGCGGCUUCUGUGUCCGCCGGCGACGACACGUGGGACGAGGCCAAGUAUGAGGCGAGCCUCAAGCACCUGCAUGAGCUUCAUCUUCAGGCAACUGCGGAGCUCUUUCCAGCCCUGCAGCAGUCAAUGGCAUCUGGAGUAAAGGAUGUCAAAGACUUCAAGGAGUCUAUGACUAGUAGGGAAACCAAUAAGAUCAUACAACGAGCAGCGCAAAGCCGGCAGAAGAACCCUCUCGGGAUCAAGCCGUGGCGACCAAAGGACGAUCCCAACUGGACUCAAAUGGACCUGGACUAA